AUGUUCGAUUUGAUCAUCAUACUUCUCCACCAGGCACCUGAAUUCCCAGAUUUCACUGCCAAAGUGCUCCAAGCUGUCAAUUCCCUGGGUGGUCGUGUAUUCCCCAAACUGAAUUGGAGUGCCCCAAAGGAUGCCAACUGGAUUGCACUCAACAGUUCCCUUCAGUGUCAGACCCUGAGUGAAAUAUUUCUUCUCUUCAAAAGCUCGGACUUCAUCACUCAUGACCUCACGCAGCCAUUUCUUCACUGCAAUGACCAGGAUUCCCCUGAUCCUGUUAUCCGCUAUGAGCUGGUCCUAAGAAAGUGGACAAUCAGCCAAAGAGACUACACUCAGUAUUAUCCGCACAUCUUGAAGCAGGAGGAGUCCAUCAUUCAUGCAAUCCAAGAUUUUUUUAGCCAACACAUCCAGUAUCGCUUCUUGGAUGAUGACUUUGUAUUGGACGUGUACAGAGAUAGCCAGGGAAGAGUGUGGCUCAUUGAUUUGAACCCAUUCGGCAAGGUCACUGACUCACUUCUGUUUACCUGGGAGGAGCUUACAUCCGGUGGAGAAAUCAUCCAGCCACAGGACCGUCCGGCUUUCCGCUACACCACUAGCGACGUGACGGUGCAGCCCAGUCCCUGUUUGAGCUACCGUAUUCCGCGUGAUUUCGUUGAUCUUUCCACCGGGGAGGACGCUUACAAGCUGGUUGACUUUCUAAAGCUGCAGAAAAAGCAACAGGAGGACGAUGAAGAUGAGACAACACAGCAGAGUUGA